GGGGGAGCGGCCAUGGCGCGCGCUGCACUUCCGGCUCCGGGAAGAGUUUGUGGAGACCAAAGUGGAGACGGAGCCGCGGGAGGUGGGAGAAGUGGUGGAUGUGGAACGGAUAGUGCUGGCAUUGUCUCGGGUGGAUGUGAGGACACGGAGUGAUCUUCACCAGUAGCUGGGGAAGGUUUUGGUGAUGCAGCAGAAGAUGGGCUGGCUGGGGAUCCAGCAGAAUGCGCUGGCUUUCUCCUUCACCACGCUGGCCGCUGGCCUCAUGAACAACCUCCUCAGCUUCUACUACGUCAAGCUCUUCUUAAACCAUUACAAGAUUUCUGAGAGAGAUUUUCAACAGGCGCAGGUGAUCUUCAUGGUGUGGAACGCCUUCAACGAUCCGCUCUUUGGCUACUUGCAGGACAACUCCAGGCUGCCAUGUUGCUCACAGCGCCGCCUCUCCAUCCUGUACGGCGCCCCACUCUACGCUGCCGCCUUCCUGUUGCCGUGGUUUCCCUGGCGGGAAUACACGGAGGGCGACUGGCUGUGCGGGCUGCACCUGCUGGUGGCUCUGUGUGCCUAUGACGGGAUGCUCACCUUUGUGCUCCUGGCCCAAUGCUCGCUCUUCGCUGAGAUCUCCAGCCGGCAUGAGAGCCGGUUACAGCUCAUCAAAUACAACCAGGUGGCCUCCAUCAUCGGCUCCUCCAGCGUCCUCUUCUGCGGCCUCCUCUCCAACAACAUGGAGAACUUCUCCCACUUCCAGCUCGUCGUCCUCGCUGUGGCCGCGCUAGCCCUCGCCUGCAUGGUCUACAGCGGGCGGCAUUGCGUCAGUCAAUACGAGCAGGGCGAGAGGUCGGCCAAGGACAUGGUGAACAACGCCCCCAACCUUUCCUGGAGCUCCAUCUUCUACCUCACCAAACAGAUCGUCACCCAGAGGGACUUCCUCCUGUUCGUCAGCAUGAACUUCUUCCAGGUCUUCCACCUGGCCUUCCUCAACAACUUCAUGAUGAUCUUCGCUGACCAGCUCAUCCCCCGCGAUCUGCUGCCGACCAUGGCGAAGAGCAUCAUGUACGGAGCUGGCUUCAUCUGUCCCCAGCUCUUGGUUCUCAGCAGCCAUUCACUGUUGAAGAAGUAUGGUUAUUACAAAAUCAUCCUCUCUGUCUUCUAUCUGGAGUUGUGCAGUUCGGUGGUCAUGCUGAUUUUGGGUCCAUCUCAUUACUACCUGUUGUCUUUCUUCCUCGUUGGGAACAUGGUGAUGGUAUCGGCAGCCUUCAGCCUCUUUAACUUGCCUCUGGCGGAUAUUAUUGACGCCGACCUUCAGAAGUAUAAACGCAGCUUCCCGCUGUCUUCCAUGGUGUUCGGAACCAACGCCCUGUUUACAAAGCCGGCCCAGUCUCUAGCACCCAUGCUGGUUGUGACCAUACUUAAUCAGUAUGACUACGAGAAACUGAAGGACAUCGCUACACUGACUAACCAAAGUGGCCUGGAGGAUCUUCACCGUGUCAUGUUUGGGCUUGUCUGCCUGACCCCAAUGUGCAUCGCGCUCCUGCAGAUCCUCGCCUGGACUCCUUUCUCUAUCCGGGAGAGCCACGCUGACGUGCCCAAGUACCUCGACUCCUAAAGACCACCCAUCCUCGAUGGGAAGACCACAGAUCCCGUAUUCCUCAAGCUGAGGUCCUGGGGUUCAUUAUUGUAGUAGUGAUAGAGCAGACAAGGUGGGGACAUUUUAAAUUUGGUUUUCUGUUUAUUCCUUCUUGAGACUCGGGGAUCUCAAUACUGUCCGCCCGUUGUCUUUGGGAAUGUGGUGUCUUCGGUGAAGCCACUUUGUGCGUUGGUGAUACGAGGAACUGCAGGCGCUCGAAUUUUGAUCAAAGCGCAAAGUCUGGAGGAACUUGGCAUCGGCGGAGGGAGUGGACAGGCGACGUUUCGGGUCGGCACCCGCAAUACACUGGUUGUUGGGGUGGGGAGGACCAGGGGAUUGAAGCAAUGACAAUGGUAGAAGAGGGAUAAAUGGACCCAGUGCGGAGGAUGUGAUGCUGUGAUGCUACUUGUACUCUGGCACUGACGUGGGAGUUGCAGAAUACAUCUACGCCAGUGGAUGGAGUAGUAGUGUCCCAGUAGUGGACGAUGCAGGUGGUGACUGGACUGUGCAUCAUGUGGGGAUCUUUGUCCUGGAUAAUAUUCCCUGUUGCUCUCCAUACACCAGACCCAGGCACAUAUCUCUGGAUCAGUCGGUGUGUUGAGUACAAACAAGAGUCAAGUCAAAACUUUUUAAUUGUCAUAUGUACCAACAACAGAACAAUGAAAGUCUAACUUGAGGCAGCUUAACAUGUCUCUAAACACAACACACAUAAGUAAUAUAUAAUAAACAAAAAAAUCAAUAAAUUAACAACCAUAAAACCAGUGCAAAA